GGCGCGAUGACAUCUCUCCGCAGCCCAUGUCACCCACCAGACAUUAGCAACGUUGGCACUUGAGUAGCACGAGAAGCCCGAAGGCUCGGCACCCUGGUCCGCGGGCGAUCGUAGCGUCCUGUGUCUAUUACUCAAUGCGCGUCGCCCGCUCCAUUCACACAGAAUAUCCACUGGAUCCGUGAUCUGCUGACAUGGGUAACGCACUCUGGAGUUAGGAUUAGGCCGCCGGGCUAAGGGGGGAGCGAAGGGCCCGUUUCUGUACAAAUACCCGGCAUCCCAUUCGCACACCCUCCUUCGAGCCCUCAUCUGCUCUCUCUAUCCCUCCUCUCCUCCACAUCUCAGAAAUGCCGUCCCCGAAGGUCUUCAAGUCGCAGGACAACGCCGUCUACACGACGUCGACUGGCGCCCCUGUCGCGCAGCCGUACGCUGCUGAGCGCAUCGGCAACAUUGGGCCCCUGCUGCUUCAGGACUUCCACCACAUCGAUCUCCUCGCCCACUUCGAUCGCGAGCGCAUCCCGGAGCGCGUCGUCCACGCCAAGGGCGCUGGUGCGCACGGCUACUUCGAGAUCACCCACGACAUCACCGACUUGUCAUGCGCGGCGCUGUUCAAGAAGGUCGGCACCAAGGCGCCGGUGACUAUGCGGUUCUCGACCGUCGGUGGCGAGUCUGGUUCCGCGGACACGGCCCGCGACCCUCGUGGCUUCGCGAUCAAGAUCAAGACGGAGGAGGGCAACCUCGACUGGGUGUUUAACAACACGCCGGUGUUCUUCAUCCGUGACCCCGCGAAGUUCCCGCACUUCAUCCACACCCAAAAGCGCGACCCGCAGACCCACCUCAAGGAUGCCGACAUGUUCUGGGACUACCUGUCCCAAAACCCCGAGUCGAUCCACCAGAUCAUGAUCCUCUUCUCGGACCGCGGAACCCCCGACGGCUACCACAACAUGCACGGCUACUCCGGUCACACGUUCAAGUUCGUCAACGCCGAGGGCAAGUUCGUGUACACCCAAAUCCACGUCCGCAAGGAGGGUGGCUUCAAGACGCUCACCGACGCGCAAGCGACGAAGCUCGCGGGUGAGAACCCCGAGUACGGUCUCCAGACCCUCUUCGAGGACAUCGACAACGGCAAGUUCCCGGAGUGGAAGGUCUACGUUCAAACGAUGACUGCCGAGCAGGCGGAGAAGUUCCGCUACAACAUCCUCGACCUGACGAAGGUGUGGCCACACGCCGAGUUCCCGCUCCGCCCCGUCGGCAAGAUCGUGCUCGACAAGACUGUCGAGAACUACUUCGCCGAGAUCGAGCAGGCCGCGUUCUCGCCCUCGCACACCGUUCCCGGUAUCGAGCCCUCCGCGGACCCCGUCCUCCAGUCGCGUCUCUUCUCGUACCCCGACACCCACAGGCACCGUCUCGGCGUCAACUACGGCCAGCUGCCGGUCAACGCGCCCAUCGCGCCCGUUGCGAACUUCCAGCGCGACGGUGCCAUGACGUUCGUCAGCCAGGGCUCGCGGCCGAACUACCAGAGCAGCAUCGUGCCGCUCCAGUACAAGCCGAAGGCGUACCAGAACAUCGCGCACGAACACUGGCUCGGCCACGCGCAGGCGCACCUCAGCGAGAUCACUGAGCUUGACUUCGAGCAGCCCCGUGCGCUCUGGCAGAAGGUGUUCAGCGACACCGACCGCGACCACUACGUCAGCAACGUCGCAGGUCACCUCGGCGGCGCGAAGAGCGCCGAGGUCAAGGCCAGGCAGCUGUCCGUCUACGCCGCCGUCGACCAGACCUUGUCCGACCGCAUCGCCGACGCCAUCGGCGCGCCCCGAGUCAAGCCCCUCAAGGUCAAGCCGGCGGCGGAGGCCAUCCGCUUCAAGGUGUCUGGCGUGUAAGUAGCGCUGCAUCUUGGGUGGACUUGCGUGAACGCGGACAGUUGUGUGUCAUGACAUAUAUCGAGCAGUGCAUAUCCUGUGUUGUACUAGUAGAAAGGAAAUUGAUGUCCAAAGUUGUAUCACUAUCAUGAC